AUGCGUGCCACUCAGCAAUUAGACGCCAUUGGCUCCAGAACCAACGAGCUCCUUAAUAAACCCCUUGACCCCAGGGCUGCCGAAGCAGAAAACAUGAGAUACUCUGUCUUCGAUCUUAAUACCUACCUCACUGCCAAUGACACCAAAUUCUCAUCCUGGAUCGAACUCUACGGACCAGAGACGCUGCCACAAGAUAACUAUACCCAUCCCACCAAAUGGGACUUCAGCAACAUUGAAAUGACUUUGGCCAGCGGCCCUUUUAUAGUUUCUGGCUAUGGAAAUCGUACUGAAAUCCCUCCAUCUCCUUUUUCAAUGAGGGAUAUAGUCAUCGUCACCGAUGGUUCUUGUGCAUCUACCUGCUCCAUCUUUACUGACCUUAUGAGACGUCAUGGCUCGAAGUUUAUUGCCGUUGGUGGUCGGCCUCAACGUGGCCCAAUGCAGGCUGUGGGGGGUGUCAAGGGUGCCCAGGUCCUCACAUUCAGAUACCUCUAUUACGUUGUGUGGUUUCUCUACGAGAAGCUAUCUACACCCGAAGAGCAGGCUUUACUGGAAAAGACUCGAGUUGGCGAGAUGUACCAGAAGGGGUUAUUUACUUUGGGCCGACUGGGAUCAAGGGGAAGGAACUCUGCUGUCAACUUUCGCAAUGCCAUCUGGAACGAAGAUAAGGCCCGUACCCCUCGACAAUUUGUGUACGAGCCUGCUGAAUGUAAAACGUUCUUUACCCCGGACGCUCUCUAUGACCCCUUAGCUUGGUGGACACGUCUUGCCAAAUCCUGGUGGGGAUUAAAGGACAUAUGUGUCUAG